AUGGAGUCAGACAAUCAAACAUCUGAGGCAAAGUAUCCUCUGACAGGAAAUUCAUCAAGAGAUUCAGUUAGAAAAAUGCUUUACGAAGUAUUCUAGGGUGACCCAGAACUUGGACCAUUUUUACCAAUUUUAGAAGAAUGCAAAGACCCAAAGUCAAAGUAAUAUAGAGAUAAGUGUAGAGCCGGCCCUAGAUUUGAAGCAUCAAGGAGAGAUUUUAGAGCAUAAGUAUUAGAUGCUAAGACUUUAAUUAGCGAUGAAUUUGUACAAGGUAAAAGCACAUCUGCUCCGACUGGAGAUUAGAUUAAUUCAUAAAGACCACCAAAUGGUCCUCAUGGAGCCUAAGGAAUGAUGCCUCGACCUAAUAUUGGAAUGCAAGGACCAGGAAUGGGUUUUAGACCAACAGGACCUCAAGGUAUGAGGCCUAGAAUGAUGAUGGGAGGAUAACCUCCUGGUUUUAGGCCUCCUAUGGGUGGAAUAAGGUAAAAUAUUCCAACUUAUAUUCCUACUCAAUAAACACCAAUAAUUGAACAACAACCUGAAGGAAAUAUUUCAGAAAGAAACCUUAAAGAAUAAGCUUAAUAAUAAACUCAAAACUAGAUUGAAACUAAUACAAAUUAGAAUGUUAUUUAGAAAUAAUAAUCAGAGGAUAGACACCAAUUCAGUGCAGUUUAGAAUAAUAAACAUGAACCUCUCUAAGAAUCAAAAUAAUAAUAAAUGAUAUAAAGAGAUUCCUCUUAAAGCCUUAAUUAAAGUAUCUAGUCUAUUGAGAGAUAAUAGUAGAAUAAUGAAUAUGUUGAAAGAUCAAAUGAAAAAUAGGCAUAAAAUGUAUAGUAGAAUUAGUUAAAUAACGAUAACAGCUAAAUCAAUUAAGAUAGCUAAAAAAUGUAACAAAAUGAAAAUAUAAGAGUCCUUGAUUAGAGUGUUGAUAUUUCUGAGAGUAGGGAAUCAGCAGCAAAUGCAGCCAAAAAAAAGAAAAAGAAAAAGAAGAAGGCUGCCGGAACAACUAAAGGAGUUGAAUAAACUAUAGAUUAAAAAUCUCCAGAAUAGGAAUAAACUCAAGUAUCAUAGCAAGUGAGCCAAUCAAAUAAUGAUAAUAACGAAGAUGAAGGAGAACGAAGAAUUUAAGCAUAAAUUGAAAGCAACUUAUCAAUGAUAGACAAUGUUUCAUUAAGAUAGCAGCCUAUCGAUCAACAGCAAUAAUAAACAUUAAUAUAAGAGAGAAUAGUUGAAUAGUAGAAAUAAAAUUAAGAAAAUAAUUUAGACGACACUCAGUAUGAGUCUAGUAAAUUAGGCUCAAAUUAUCAAUUUUUGGACUAGAGUUCAUCUGUAAUUAUUGAGGACAGAGAGGAGACCUUCCUUUCAGUCAAUUAAAGGAGCAAUAAUCUUCAGGAUUAUUCAUAGUUAUAAGAUUAAUCAAAAAUUAAUGAAAGUGUAAAUAUUCUGAGUAACCUAAACAUCAAUGAAUAAGAAGAGAUCAAAGAGGAAUAGAAAGUUAUUGAAGAAUUAGCAGUAUCAAAAAAAUCUUCAAGACCCAUUUCAAAAAGAGAAAGUCAAAACAAGAUAAUUGAACUUGAUAAUUAGGUAUCGGGUGAAGAAUCAGUUUAGUCUUCAAAAAUAUUUUAGAAAUUAGAAUAAGAAUAGUCAGAAAUUGGAUAGGAUUAAAUUUCUCAUUAAGCCCCAAAAACUCAUAACAAGACGCUAAGUAUUAAAUCAUAGGCACAAUCUUCACAGUAGCAGUAAAAUAAUGAGCCCGAUAGAGACAAUAUCAAAAGACUUUAAGAUGCUCUCAGCUACAAACGUUCAUAGAAAAAAGAUUUAGCAGAAAAGUUAAUUCAUCUUGAAAACGAUUGCCAUCUAUAGCAAAGAAAGGCAAAUAUGCUAAUGGAAGAAAACAAAUAGUUACGAGAUGAUUUGAAAGAUAAAGAUAGGAAGCUGAAGCAACUAAAGGUUAAAGAGUAAGAAUAAGAAGCCUUAGUAACGGCUUAAGCUAGAGGAUAUGAAAGUCAAAUUAAUGAAAGACAAUUAGAGAUAAAUCAAUUAAAGAAGGAGAAUUUAAGGCAUAAGGAAGAAAAGCAUUAGUAUAGAGAUAAACUGCAAUAGUUGAUGGACGAAACAUAAGCUCAAAGACAAUUUUUAGAUAACUUAAUGAAGUCUAUUGAACAAAGAGUGAACAACACACAAUUUUCUUAACAGAUAAUCUCUCAAAAUGUAAACAGCGGUGAUUCUGGAAGCAAUUAAUCUGAAUAGGUAGAGUAGCUUUAAAGAGAAAUAAGAGACUAGAAACAGCAUUACGAAUAGAAGAUUAGAGAUUUGAAUGAAGAACUUAAUAAUCGCACUCGUAUGUUCUAAAGGACUGAAAGGCAAAAUAUUCAACUUCAAGAAAAGAAUAAUCAAUUGAAUGAAUUAUUAUCUCAAGUUGAAAUUCAAUAACUAAGCACAGUUGCAGGUAGUGGAAGCAACCAAAGAGAUUCAUCAGCUAUAUUUAACAGAAGACAACAGCCCUCUCAUCUUGCUGAUAAUAAUGAAUCAGAUAUUCCUAGAGCAUACGAAGAAGAAGGAACUGGUGGUGAUGGCGGCUAUAAUCAAAGCAAUCUACAUCAGAUUAGAAAUUAAAAUGACUUUUUGAUUAGUGAUGAAGGUGGAAAUAUUGCUGCUGUCAAUGGCGGUUCUAUGGAUUAAUACGAAGAUGAAAGCAACCAUAAUAAUGAUGAUAUAAUUAGCCAACCUAGAAAUUAGAGAUAACAUUAGUAAUAAUAAAAUUAUCAACUAGAGGCAGUUGGAGGUGGUCACACUUAAUUUGAGGAAGAAGGGGAUCAAGAAGACGACAUAGAUGAGGAUGACGAUUAUGAAGAUGAUGAACAUCUAAAUGGAGGUGAAGAUGAUGAAGAAGAUGAAGAAGGAAACCAAUUUGAUGAUAAUACUUAAGGAAUAGCGCAAUAAUUCUCAUAAAGCAAUAAUAGGGAUAAUCAAAUACUAGGAUAGCAACAUUAAUAACUAAACCCUACUAAUUUUAAUGAUGAAACUGAGGGAUAUGCUGGAGGAUAAUAAACUUAUGGGCAAAGUAGAUAGAGAAAGCAAGGCCAAAGAAGAAGAGGUAAUCGAUAGUAAAACUAAUAAAAUACAAGUGCAAGUAAUAGUAUUUUCUAGAAUCCUAGGCAAAGAAACAGCAGAGGCAGAUAAAGAAGCAAUUAGCAGCACAUCUAGUAGUAAUAAUAAGUUAUCCAAUAGUAGAACCCACUAGCAGAAUCUUUGAAUGCUCCUCCGUCAAGUUAGGUUGCUCAAAGCUAGUUAAGAUAAAAUCAACUAUCACAAGCCCCACCCUCAGAUUUCUUUUAAAAUUAUGGAGAUAGUAGCACUUUAUUUAUGCAUAAUUAGAAUAGAGAUCAAUCUGCUCCUUUUCAUCAAACUCAUCAUAGUGCAGUUAAUUAGAGAGAAGGAGGGGUAGCUGGCCAAGGAGUAGUUUUAACUGCUGGUAGAUCUAAUCUACCUUAGUAAACAGCAGAGAGUAUGAUGAGUGCUGAGAGUGGAUCUACUGCUACAGCAUACUUUGACAAGAACUAAUUCCACAGAGGGCAUAAUGCUCCUUUAGUUAGACAACACAAUCAGCCAUCUUCCCUCUAGUCAGUUCAAUAGAAUGCUUAGUAAUAGAUAUAAACUGGCUCAAAUAAUUAAACUCACUAGUUGACUAAUAUUUAAUAAGUUCCAAGUGAUUUAUUCAGUGAUACUGACAAUUACACAGCAGCAGUAGGCGCUCCAACUUCAAGAGCAGCAGCUCAUCCAAGACAGCAAAGAUAGUAAGUAUCAAAUCAAUAGAAUUUAUAUGGAGGGUAUUAAUUCUAAGAAGAAGUGAAGCAAAGCAGUGGAGAAAUACCAAUUUACUAUCAAAUGAAUAGCAAUUAGCAAUAGUUACAAUAGCAAACUGCUUAUGGUUCAAUAAGAAUAAACAAUCAUCCUCACAACUAAUUUGUUGGAGGAAGUGGGGAAUAAGAAGAGGAUUCAUCAUCUGGUUUCUUUGUAGGUGGUCCAAGCAUUAUUCAGCCUUAGAUGUAAACAAUGUCACAACAAUAUCACUCUCAUGGAAGUGCAGGGGGACCUGGAAGUGCUUUCGAAAGUUCAAAAAGAAAUUAGAGUUCAGUUCAGCAAAUAAGACCUAAUUUGAUUCACCAACAGCAAUAAGAUCAAAGCAAUACUCCAACAAGAAACGUAAUUCAAUCUCAUUGA